AGUUUUUGAAAUCCAAUUUAAAAGGGCCGUUUUAAUUGAAGUUGAAAUGCAAACUUUAAAGAUUGAUCAAGACAAAGAUAUCAAUAUCAGAAUUGAAUACAUUUUGUUGAGAACAGUUUCUAGGCUAAUGAAGAAGAAAUACAUUUAUCAUAUCAAGUUUUAGAGGGAUUAAAAAGGAGCAAAUAUUGACAAUGUAUUGAGGCUUAUUCUUUAUAAUAGAUUUAUUUUCAGCGUAUAUCAAUCCAAAAAUAGUCUCAUAAAUUUUAGAUGAUAAAUGCCGAUUCAGCUUUUUUAUUUGUUACAAACCUACUCAAGUGAAUUUGCGUUUCUCUUAAAACCUCUGGAAAGUGGCGAGAAGUGCCAACAAUUCCUCCACAGUCCACACUCCUGUAUAAUGAUGACAUCAGCAUUUUGCGGAAAUUCCAUUUGCAAAAAUGAUUCUAGCUUUUGCAUGAUUAUAUCGCUAGUGCAAGACUAGUUUGCAAUGAAUUUUGCAGGUUUUUACUCUCAACUCCGCGAUAAACUUGAUGUUUUUACUCCAGUAGCAGCACUGAACAGAGCGGACGGACGUCUUCUCGAAGGAGAUGGUGGGCUUAGUGGUCUCUACUCAGGACACCACGCCCCGAGGCCUGAAUCAUCAUCCUCCGCCUCUCCGCCCUCCGCCAGCCACGCACACUUCUCCGGUUUUCCGCCACACUCCGGAGGCAUGCUUGUAGUGCCACAACCAAUCAAUGCAUCUAAGAUGGGAGGUAUGGGGGAUGGAUCCCUAGGAUUGCACCCCCACCAUCACUUGAACGGAGUUCCAAGAAAAUAUCAGUGUAAAAUGUGUCCACAGGUUUUUGCUUCUAAAGCUGAUCUCCAGCUCCACACACAGGUUCAUAUGAGAGAACCUAAACCCUACAAGUGCAGUCAGUGCAGUAAAUCCUUCGCAAACAGUUCAUAUCUUUCUCAGCAUAUGAGGAUUCACCUUGGUAUUAAACCCUACAGAUGUGAGAUCUGCCAGAGAAAGUUUACCCAGCUCUCUCAUCUUCAACAGCACAUCAGAACACAUACCGGAGACAAACCAUACAAGUGCAGGCAUCCAGGUUGCACUAAAGCGUUCUCUCAGCUGUCCAACCUGCAGUCCCACUCCAGGUGCCACCAGACGGAUAAACCCUACAAGUGCAACUCCUGCUACAAAUGUUUCCAUGACGAAACCUCCCUGCUUGAGCAUAUCCCCAAGCAUAAGGAGUCUAAGCAUCUUAAAACCCACAUCUGCUCCUACUGUGGGAAGAGCUACACCCAGGAGACCUACCUGGCUAAGCAUAUGCAGAAGCACUCUGACAGGUCGGAUAAACGUCCACCAAUUGUAGCAAGCGGAACUUCAAACACCCCUGCAACUAUGGGUCAUCUCAGUGGGCUACCCAGCCCCUCUGAGCACUAUUGGCAGAAGAUGGACGCAUACGGUUACGGACAUCAGCUUAUGGACCAGAGACUUCAUGAUCCUAGAGAUUAUGAUCCUCGUGGUAUUCAUCCAGGAGCAGGAGCUCAUCAAGGUCUCAUGGGAGAAGAUCUCCGUCAUCACAGUGGUCAUCUUUCCACCUCCUGGGGCGAGCACUCCUCUCCCAGUCCUAACUCUGGUAAAACAAGUUCUGCAUUCUCUCCUCUCCAGUCUGGGAUGAUCCCGUCUUCUCCAGGGUUCGGUAUGUCAGGACAUAGAGGAUAUGCAGCGUUCUACGAUCCAAUCUCAUUUUCACAAGCUCAGAAUAAAGUCAGCUUUGGAGAACCCUCAACCAGUGUAUCUAACUCUUUCUCUGGACCCCAGCUUCUCUCACUCUCCAAGAUCAAGAACUACGCCCACAAUCCUCACAACGAUGGAUUGUUCAAGUCUUUGUCAAGCUUAUCUCAGGAUAAAGGUCACCUUGGACAGCUCGGAGCUGCUCAGUAAGCCUAGCAUUGAGUAUGUCAGGAAACCUGGUUCCGAACAGCUCAGAAAACCCGGGAUUAAGCAACUUUUUAAACCUAGGAUGGAGUAUAUAAGUACACCUAGGAUGGAGCAGCUCUGCAACUUAGAACGGAGAAUGUAAGCAAACCUAGAAACAAAACCUGAAUCCUCGUUUUUAGUCCAGAUAUCCUGCAUCAGUCCGCGGGAGGAUCUGGAGCAGACCGGAGAAAGGUUUGCAAAAACUUGAGGAAAUCCGGUAAAAACUAUUCUAAGAGUUUUGGAGAGGGUUCGGAGUCUUCUUACUCCGGGUUCAAUCUACAGGGUGUGUACAGCAUAAACUAUUCUGCAACUAUUGUAUUUAUUUUCGUGUCCCCGAGACGUUAAAAUUAUCUGGUGAAAUUCAACAUUAUGAGCUUUAAAAGCCAAUUCGGCUUUUUAAGUCCUUCAUUCGCGGACUCUAAAUUUUCACAAGUGUCAUGAAAGCCAAAAGAGACGAAUUUUAGACGGUUUAAAACCGGUUCUAAGAACAACAAACAAUCUCGAAAAUCAAUCAAAUAAUCAAAGCAGUGAUCAUACGUAAUUAUUUGUUCAUCGUAAUAUUUUAAGUAAGCCUAUUGUAUCCAAUGUAUCUACGUAAACAAAUGUAUCCAAAAAUCCAAUAGCUCAAUUCAACGACUGAAUUUAAACCUCGUAUUUCCACCUAGUUCAUUCAACCAAAUACAUACAUAUUGGAUUCAGCUUGUGUAAAUAAACAUUAUAUAAAUAUUCUAUAUUAUAUACUAUAUUAGGUAAAACAUAGAUUGGAAUCUGAUUUAGAUUCAGCAGCUUUUUAAUUUUGUAUUACAUGGUUUGGUUUGGGACAUCAUAUCACAAAUUGACUCGUUUUAGGUCAAACCAAACCAACGUGGCUAAUUUCAAUUCGGCGUUAAUUUGCAAAGCUCAGCUAUUUCAUGUUUUUCUUAAUUCUUUGCUCUGCAGUUUAUUCUCGGGCCAAACCUUGGAGGUUUUUAAAAAAAUGUUAAGUCAAGACUCUGUGUUCAUCUUCUUGUUAAAUCUUGCUUUUUCAUCAUAAAAUGUUAAUAUUAGAUUUAGGGUUUCGACUGGAGUAAAUUUAAACUCAGUCAAUCCCUCUCUCCGCUCCACUCUCUCCGUCUCAACCCGGGUACAGUUUAAAUCCAUACCAGAUAUUUGAAGAUUGAACCUGGAUCUCCGGGUAGGGGUUUAGAGAGGGUGGACAGGAGAAUACAAUGUUCCUUAAACCUAACAGAUGUGAUAUACGGCCUUAUUCUGUGUUCCUCUCCUGGGAACUAGUGGCGUCUCCUGAUUACAUCUUAGGAUUUUUUAACAUUUUCAAUAUUUUUACUAUUUUCAAUCUAUCUUAGAAAUGAAGUUGAGAGUUUUUUCAAAUGAUUGUUGGAAAAAGCCUGCUAGAAAUAGUUGCCCCUUAAUAAAGCCAUCUUUAAUCAGAGUUUUAGUUCUACAAGUGAAACUGGACUUAAGCUAAGUUUCAGAAUGUAAAACUGUGAAUUCUGAAAAGUUAUGUUUUAAACAUUUAUGUAAAACUUUGUUAAAAGUUCUGGUUUCCAAUGAAUGUAGAAUAUUACUUUUAUUACAAAACUAAAUUGAAGCAGGAGCAAAAGUGAAAUAUUUUUUUAAAAGUUUAAACACCAUUUAACCCAUUUUAAUCCAGACUGAACCCUGCUUGGCCCCCGGAUCUUUUUUUCUGUGUACAAUUCCGUACCCAGAGACAAAGAUAAGACAUAUAUAUAAAUAUACAUAGAUCUCAAUAGAAUUCAGAAACAUAAAUAUUCUAUCUUUUUCUCUCUCUCUUAAUGCUUCCGAGGAUGAAAAAAAUUAAUUAGUUUAGUUUUCAAGUUCUCCCAGUUUUCCGACCCAUUUCAUGCUCUUAUAUAUAUAUAUAGAUGUUUCUCAGUAUAAUUCUGUUCUGUAAGAUACACUCAUUGUUCAACCCUAGUUGGGUUCAAGUUCUUUUUUUAGAAACCCAUUUCCUGUCUUCUCCUGACUUUAAUAUGUUUAUCGUAUCACUUUUUUGAUAAAAUAAACGGCUGUGAAAUGGCUAAA